AUGCCCAACGUACGCGUCGAACCAACCGCGGAAGCUCACAUCGCCCGCUACUACCGUUUGAUCGAAGUCAUCAAGGGUGAGGCCGCCGUAGAGCCACGUCUCCUGCCCGUAUCUCGGGGCGAAUGGCUGUCGUGGGCCAACUGCGUCUUCUGUCGCCUUCGUCGGCCAGGGAUAGAUCCUCACCAGCUUUUCCAGCGCGGUCUCUUCGAGUCCUACUGCAAGGCGGUCACCGAUGACCCGAACUCCGUCCCAUCGCCGUACUCCUUCAACGACGUCGUCGAGGUCAUGAACUACAUCGACGAGAUCUUCCAGCGCUACAAGCUGCCUCACGACUCGUUGGGCGCACCCUAUCCGACCAUCGCCUGGUCCGAGGAGUCCGUCCUGCAUCGCGAGGCUAUCGACGAGCCUCUGGCUCCGGUCUCCUACCAACUCGACCCACUGUAUGUGCCGGAGUAUCGCCGCUUGCCCGACAACUUCAAUCACUUGGCUAACGCCGUCCACCGCCUGAGCGAGGACCAGCAGGAGAUUCGUAGGAUCCUCGGGUCGCUCUCUACGAGCGUCGCCGAACUGGGAGGGCGCGAGCGAGGCAUUAACGUCGGCGAGCCUGUUCGAGACGCAGCCGGUCGUAGGGGAGGUUUCCGAGGUCGUGGUCGUAACACUGGACCCUUCGGUGGACGGGACUUCCGCUAG